GUUGCCUACGCUGUAUCACUUACUAUGAGCAACCAUCAUGAUGCCAUGGCUGUACUAUUUAAAGCAUGGAUAGUCUCCAUCAAAUCACGCUCACCGGAGCCAGCAUCAGUUGUCCAACCGUCCCGCAACCCAACCAUUGCGUACCAUGUGCUUUCACAAGCGCCUCCUCUUCGGCUGCAGCCACUACGAGUGGCUGAGUCUCACCCGGGCCUGCGAGCUCGAGGAGUCCUACAACCGCGGGGAAGUACAAGUCGGCUGCAGUGUGAGGUGGUCACAUGGGUUCGACACGGUCCGGGUCGACGAGAAAUGCCCCAAGUGUGCAGAGAGAGAUGCGAGCGACAACUACCGACUGGGCGUGCUGAAAGAACAGAUCAAGGUGCUUAAGGAGCACCUUAUGCUGGUCAAUGGCGUGUCGGAGACCAAGGAGGACUACCUGGAUGUGGAGCAAGAUCCGACUCUGCCGGGUACUGACGAGGGUGGUGUGCCGUCUUCACCUGUCAAAACUGACGAUAGUGCCAGCACAUCCCUCCAGAAGAACGAGAUGUAUGUCAGCGGUAAAUGCAUGGCCUCAACCGUGCCCGAGUCAAUGAGACAGUCGUGGAAGCGUCAAUGGAUGGAGAAGGGUCGCGUCGACGUGGCCAACCGGUCCGGAUAGGAAGACAGAGAGGCAGAAAAGGUGGUUGCUUCUGCUAGCUUUGCUGGGGGGACAGCCGAUGAGAGCUUCGUUAUACGGUGUGCGAUUGCUUGCGGGUGAAGAUUGAAGAUGCGCUAGGAGAAGCCACCUCAUUGGUGGCGAUGAGGGAGACAUAUGGGGAGCCGAUAGUGAAAUGACCAAGCUUGCAAACAUACUAAGGUACAUAGUAGUCUUUUUAAGCGGAUGAAAGUGUAUGCUAUUUGUGCCUCGUCCUUGUGAUUGUUGGCUGCCAUACUGCAUCUGAGCCCGAUCCGCGACUUGAGAGUUGGAGACGUUAAUAAUAAACUGUCGAAAGGUAGUGUAAACCUCGGAAGUUGAGUCAUUG